GAACUUAAGAAAGAAACAGUGAUAGGAGUAUUGGAUUAUUGAUUUCCUUCCAAGGCGAAACCAUCUUAAUCUUCCGAUUGAGAAGAAACUGGUUUUCCUUUCGAUUUUCAAGAGUAGAGUCCGAGAUGGUUCAGAUUAAAGAGUUUCGGAUCGUCAUGCCUAUGUCAGUGGAUGAGUAUCAAAUAGCUCAGUCGUACAUGGUCAUGAAAAUGCAGCAGAAGGAUACUACAAGUAAUGAAGGGGUGGUGAUCUUAGAGAACAAGCCGUUCGAAGAUGACGUUUUCGGAAAGGGUCAAUAUACAUCGAAAAUUUAUCACUUGAAAAGUAAAGUUCCUACUUGGUUGUCUGCUUUAGUUCCAGCAGAUGCUUUCGUCAUGCAAGAGGAAGCCUGGGAUGCAUACCCAAGAUGCAAGACAGUGAUCAAGUGUCCAUACUACCCCAAGUUUCUUUUGACCAUUGAAACUAUUCAUAUGGCUGACAAUGGAAACUCAGAAAAUGUACAUGGCUUAAGCAAAGAGCUACUGAAGGCCAGGAAAGUGGAAACCAUUGAUAUAGCUUCUACAGCAAGGGAUUAUUGGAGUAAUUUUGUCGGUUCCAGCAAUAUCAACCUCUCCAAUUUCAGAUCAAAGAGGACAGCUCGUGGACCGCUUUCAGAGGGGUGGCAGGGCAGGUGUGAUCCAGUGAUGACUGCAUACAAAUUGGUGACUAUAGAUGUUCCAUUCUUGGCCUUAAAAAGUCGUCUGGAACAAGCUGUGCUUUUGGGUGAAAGAGCACUCUUCCUGGAAAGCCAUAAGAAUUGUUUUGCUUGGAUUGAUGAAUGGUUUGGGAUGACGAUGGAACAGAUUCGAGAGUGUGAACGACAAAAUGAUUCCUCAUUAAAUAAGAAAAUUAUCAGAUCAAGUUCAGAGACUGUUUGGGAAGAGCUUGAUACUAGAGAUUCAAGUGAUAGCAGUGAUUUGUCUGAAGAGCCAAAUGUGAAAAGAGCUGAGAUGGUGAUGGAAAAUCUACAGCCCAGAGGAUGAGAAUCAGAGAUUGCGAUAGCUCCUCAGUUUAUUAUGUCUUGAAAUCUGUAUAAAAUCCUCUGUUCAUUGGGGGUAACAGCAGCUGUUUUUACUAUUGUUACCCGAUGCUGUAAAAGUGUACAUAUAU